AUGUCGCAACCGGUUGCAACCCAACAACGCUGGCAUGAACUGGUCAAUUUGAUAGCGGAACGACUGCCACCUGGCAAUGCGAAGCUGUUGCUGACCCGCUUCCGCGUCUACGACAACAUUCCGCGGAAGAAGAAGCAGUUUCUGAACUUUUUGAGGUCCUCGUUCCAUUUGAACGAUAACAAUAUCGCGGAGAGUGUUUGGGACUCGCUUCAAAAGGAGUUGGAUGUUUUGAAGAGUGAAGGUAGGGAGUUUUGAAUUAUUUUGUUUUAUUUUAGGUAAUAUUUGUAAGGAGGUGGAUAUUUGUUUGAAAGGCGACGAUAAAUAGUGUUGAUGAGGAAUUGGGACUUGUUGCUUUUAGAAACAAAUUGUUUUUGAGCUGUUUCUUCAGAUUUAAAGCGAAUAGUUUAGAAAAAAGAAGAUAAAAUAAUGAAAAGUCGGUUAUAUUACAUUACACUUGACAAAAAUGAAAGAUAACUUUAUUUUUCAAUGAAAAACAUUAACCUCAAUAUUUUAGGCGUUUCGAUCCCAGCGGAUCUGUUCGCCAAGCCACAGAAGAAGACCUAUUUCGGCUGUCACCAACAAUUUCCAACGCCAGCUCCGGCCCCAAUUCCGCUUUGUGAAGUACCGUCGCUGCCGCACGUGCUUCCUAACCGUCCAGCCCACGCCACUACAAAAGGACCUCGAUCCACAAGACAGCCAAAGGCCAAGAGAUGGGAAGAGAUUGAGGACAAGAUGAAGGAAAAGGGAUACAUCUCCCAAAGAUAA